AUGAUCAUUCGUCUCCCGAACACGCUGCACAGCUGUCGCCGUUCCGCCGAGUUCACUCACCACUACAGUGUCGGUUUCUCAAGUCUCAACAACUUCGUGUCCGAACCUCAUCCAUACGACAUGAGCCAGGCAAAAGAAUUCGGGUGGCGCUUGCUUGCCGCUGAGACGAUUUUCCACUCGUACGACUCGUCUAUGUAUGGAACACCAAGUGUGAUCAGAUUUGAUGAACCUGUGAACAUUCGUGAAAUCAAUAUUCUUUCACCAUCUAUGUAUAUGCGCACUUCAAGCGGAGGAUUCCUUAUUGGAGGAACUGAUCCUAUAAAAUUUCCGGUUACAUUUCAUUGUAACAAUGUAGAUGAAGACACUGCUUCAGCAAAUGUGAAGUUGGGUGAGCUCAACUAUGAAGAAGAUGCAUCUAUGACAUUCAGGUGUGACAAUGAGAUAUGGACAAACAGAUUGAUUGUGUUUGCAAAAUAUUCAACAUUAACCAUUGUUGUAUAUGGGACAUCAAAGAAUUAUAAUGCUAAGGAACACUUGAAAAAUCUCUCACCUAUUCAACGUAUGGGUGCUAAGUAUGCAGAUGGCACAUAUGCAUUUGUUCCAAACUAUCCAAGUGAAUCCAAAUUAUAA